AAUCUGUGUUUUACAUUGAAUUUUAUUUAAAUUAAGUUGUACCUCUAAAAUAUAUAACUCAAAUAUUUUAUCCUUUGGUUUUAAUUGUAUCUUAAGUUUAAAGAAAUAUCUAAAAUAUUAAUAUAAUGAGUACUGCCGCUGCAACUCCGCUUUUUGCAUGUUCUCGUUGUUUCUCAAGACAUCCUUUUGAAGAAUUAUCUCCAGGAGAACAGCUUUGCAAGGAAUGUCGCGGAUUAUUCCCUGUUGUCAAAUGUACCUAUUGCCGUUCAGAAUUUCAACAAGCAAGUAAAUCAAAUACAUCGUCCAUUUGUAAAAAAUGUGAGGCAAAUGUCAAAUUAUAUGGAAAACCUACAGCAUGUGAAUAUUGUAAUACUAUUGCUGCAUUCAUUGGUAAUAAAUGUCAACGUUGUGCAAAUUCUGAAAGAAAGUAUGGGCCGGCCGUAACAUGUGAGCAAUGCAAGCAAAGGUGCGCCUUCGAUAGGCAUGAUGAUAGCAAAAAGAACAUGUUGCAGGUGGAUGGCAAGUUGCUGUGUUGGCUCUGCACGCAGUCCCUGAAGCGGGCAUUGGCGAGGACCAAGCAACAUCUCUCCUCUGUUGACAAACACAAGCAUCGCGGUCACAAGUUAACAAGUAGUCACAAAGAAAAGCGCAAAUCGGACAUGAUGAAGUCGAAAAAUUCCGGGGACUCUCUAAAUGAAUCUCAGCCGUCAGAGAAAAAAUCCAAAUUAAAUCCUUUGCAAGGUGAACUGGACCCGAACAGCUCAGACCACGUGGUGGCGAUGACGCAGCUGAAGGAGACCAUCGCCAGUCUGCAGAAGAAGGUGCAGCAGAAGGAAAUGGAGCUGCUCUCUAAAGACAAACUGAUUACGGAGUUAAAAGCUCAACAUCACAACAACACAACAGAUCUACGAAAUGAAAUGAAGAACAAAGAACGAAUGAACGAAACUAAAUUCACUCUCAUGAACACUAAGAUACAAAAUUUACUAAAAGAAGUGGCAACACUUAGCAAAUCUGCAAAGAAAAAUAACAAAAAUACAAAAUCAUUGUUAAACAAUACUGAAAAUAGUGGCAGUGGAACUGACAGCCCCAGUACUAACUAAAAAAAAAUAUUAUACUUAAUUUUCGUUUCUCAAACUGAGGUUUAAAAACUACCACAAUAUUUGUACGAAUA